AUGGCCCUCUGGCGAGACUUCGGCCUGCACUUGCGCCGUGCCGUGACCAAGGCCAGCGCUGGCGACGUGUGCCUUGCUCUCCCGCGGAGAUACGUUAGUCACUCGACAACGCCGUGGAGAACCGGAGGGGUCGCAAACGCCAGUCGGUGGAAUACUGGGGCCAAGAAGAGCCUCCGUCCGGAAUCACCGAGCUGGAAGGAGACACAGCGAUGUUUCUCUAUCACGGCGCAAGCUGCUCAUGGCCAUAUCACGCCGCCGAAGCCCGGCGAGGAGAUUAAUGUGACCUUCAUUGACAAGGAUGGCACCAAGGUUGAAUUGCAGGUGGCCGAGGGCGACAAUCUGCUGGACAUUGCGCAGGCCAACGACCUUGAGAUGGAGGGUGCCUGCGGGGGCUCUUGUGCUUGCUCAACAUGCCACGUAAUUGUCGAAGACCCUGAGUUGUUUGACAAGAUGGAGGAACCCUCAGACGACGAGAACGAUAUGCUGGAUCUGGCCUUUGGCCUCACCGAGACAUCGCGGUUAGGUUGCCAGGUGGUCAUGACCAAGGACCUGGAUGGCCUGGUUGUGCGCUUGCCAUCGAUGACCCGGAAUCUACAAGCGAGCGACUUUGAAUCGAAAUGA